UAUAAUAUAUUGUCUACGGCUUUUCACCGCUCUCUCACAUAAUAAAUAUUUUGAUAAGUUUAAUUUCAUCCUUUAUUAAGGUUUAUUCUUAGGGCGAUGAACUAGAGGGGGCCAUUUCACCUAAAUCUUGAUCCAUUGAAGAUUACUUCGAUUCGAAGAUCAGAUGGCGGAAGGGAAUUCGCGUUAUGUGAAGUUGACCAAAGACCAAGGUCCUUUGGAGGACAUUAAGCCUGGUGAACUCAAUCAGCCUAUCGACGUCCCGCAGCUGAAUGUUCGUAAGUGCAACGAAUGUGGACAACCUUUACCUGACAGCUUUGAGUAUCCUACCGAUGAACCCUGGACUACUGGGAUUUUUGGUUGUGCAGAGGAUUCUGAGAGCUGCUGGAAAGGACUCUUCUGUCCUUGUGUGUUGUUUGGUCAGAACAUUGAGAGGUUGAGAGAAGACACCCCAUGGACUACACCUUGCAUAUGUCAUGCAGUUUUUGUGGAAGGAGGAAUUGCUCUGGCUGCAGCAACAGCCAUAUUUCAUGGUAUCGAUCCAAAGACAUCUUUCCUAUUGUGCGAGGGCUUGCUGUUCAGCUGGUGGAUGUGUGGCAUAUACACUGGUCUUGCUCGACAGUCCUUGCAAAAGAAAUAUCAUCUCAAGGAUUCCCCAUGUGACUCGUGUAUGGUGCACUGCUGCAUGCAUUGGUGCGCGUUGUGCCAAGAGCACAGAGAGAUGAAGGGACGGCUUUCUGAUGAUACUGUCAUGCCCAUGACAAUUGUGAACCCUCCUCCUGUCCAAGAGAUGAACUCCGCAGACAAUACCAACACCACUGCCAAGAACACCGACCACACCAAUCUUGAGAUGCAGCCCCUCUAGAAAUCUGUAAGUUUCUCCAUCUCUUUUCUGCUGCCAGAAACUAGAGAGUGAUCGAUUGUUCUUGUCGCGUUACAGAAAUCCCCUCCUUUUUCAAUUUUAUAUACACCAUUGUUGAACAAGACUUUGUCUAGUUUAAAUAGUAGAGGAUGUGGAGAAAUGCUGGAAGUAGUUUUCAAAUAGUGUAUUAGUAUUAUAAAAUUAUGCUAUUGGUUUGAUAUAUACAUGUUUGAACUUGUUAUUGCUGUU